GCUGCCGGCCGCCCCUUCGCGCGUGAGGCUGCAGUGCGGACGGGGUUGCUGAUGUAAGGAAGCUGGCAGCUUGGAUGCCUAUUUGUGGUCACUUACUCCAGAAGGUUGAUGGUUGUACUUGGUGCUCACACCUGGCUGAGCCCUACAUCUUCUUAAGGCUUCUCUGAGUUCCAUCUUCCUCAGAGACAACAGGGGACUGGCAAUGGCGGCAGCCAGGCUCCUGCCACCACCGGCAAGACCCCAGGUCAAGGUGACCUUUGAGGAUGUGGCUGUGCUCCUCUCCCAGGAGGAGUGGGACCAGCUGGGCCCUGCUCAGAGGGGCCUCUACCGACAUGUGAUGAUGGAGACCUAUGGGAACGUGGUUUCGCUGGGACUUCCAGGGACCAAGCCCAACGUGAUCUCCCAGCUGGAGCGAGGAGAAGAGCCCUGGGUCCUGGACGGGCAUGGGGCCAAGGAGAGCAAGGGUCUGGGCAGCAGUGGUCCAGAAUGUGAGAACAAGGAAGAAAACCAAAAUAAUCUGAAGCCAUUCAUUUCAGAGGAAGUGUCCACAAUUCUGGGGAAAACAGCCCCCGGGUGGAUUGAUCAAGGAAGUGACAAACCUGAGCAGAGCUUCCAUCUGAGUCCAAGCCCCGUGGGCCCCCCUGAAGGUCAGCUCUCCAGCCCAAGCAAGCCCCUCACUCGGCAGCCGGCCACUCCCAGUGGGGAGAGACCCUACAAGUGCAUCGAGUGUGGGAAAUGCUUCAGUCGGAGUUCCCACCUUCUCCAGCAUCAGAGGACCCACACGGGAGAGAAGCCCUACGUGUGUGGGGUGUGUGGGAAGGCCUUUAGCCAGAGCUCGGUCCUCAGCAAACACAGGAGAAUCCACACGGGUGAGAAGCCCUACGAGUGUAACGAGUGUGGGAAGGCGUUCCGUGUGAGCUCAGACCUUGCCCAGCAUCACAAGAUCCACACAGGAGAGAAGCCCCACGAAUGUCUUGAGUGCCGCAAGGCCUUCACUCAGCUCUCACACCUCAUUCAGCACCAGCGGAUCCACACUGGGGAGCGGCCCUAUGUGUGCCCGCUUUGUGGGAAGGCCUUCAACCACAGCACUGUGCUGCGCAGCCACCAACGGGUGCACACGGGGGAGAAGCCGCACGAGUGUGCAGAGUGUGGUCGGGCUUUCAGCGUGAAGAGGACCCUGCUGCAGCACCAGCGGGUGCACACCGGGGAGAAGCCGUACUCCUGCAGCGAAUGUGGGCGCGCUUUCAGUGACCGCUCAGUCCUCAUCCAGCACCACAAUGUGCACACAGGCGAGAAGCCCUACGAGUGUGGGGAGUGUGGCAAGGCCUUCAGUCACCGCUCCACGCUGAUGAACCACGAGCGGAUCCACACUGAGGAGAAGCCCUACGGCUGCUAUGCCUGUGGCAAGGCCUUUGUGCAACACUCCCACCUAAUCCAGCACCAGCGGGUGCACACCGGAGAGAAGCCCUACGUAUGCAGUGAAUGCGGGCAUGCCUUCAGCGCCCGCAGGUCUCUGGUCCAACACGAGAGAAUCCACACAGGUGAGAGGCCCUUCCGCUGCACACAGUGUGACAAGGCUUUCAGCCUGAAAGCCACACUGAUUGUGCACCUGAGGACACACACAGGCGAGAGGCCCUACGAAUGCAGCCGCUGCGGGAAGGCCUUCAGCCAAUACUCCGUGCUCAUCCAGCACCAGCGGAUCCACACGGGUGAGCGGCCCUAUGAGUGUGGUGAGUGUGGCCGUGCCUUCAACCAACACGGACACCUGAUCCAGCACCAGAAGGUGCACCGGAAGCUGUGACCUCAGCAGCCACAAGAGUCAUUCCCACUGAGGCACACAGACCCGGGAAUCCUGUAGCUCAGAAGAAGCCCUGUGGUAAUUGAGGGUCACAAAAUAACUCCAGGGUAAAGCACUGAGCUUGUUAUUCCUGUGGGAAAACUUCAGAGGGUGCCUGUUUAAUUUUUUCAAAAUCUUGGAAGUCAUAUUGGAGAGUAAUCACAAUUAUAGUGAAUUUUGGUAAUGACAGCCAUAAUUCUUUAACAUUAGGUAGUUUCAACGAGAAGCUAAAGGAAGCUAAGGCAUAAGGAUUACUGUCACAAUCAAAACAUUUAUUUACAUUCCAAAUAAAGGUUUCUUAGAACAUUUAUGCCUUUCCGAAAAACGAUGGCUACCCUAAUUAUUGCACUUAGAAUUAGGAUAUUGGACUAUUUUCAGUAUCUUGUUAAACCACUAAACUACUGUGUGGAUGAAAUGCUAUUGAAAAGUGUCAUGAAGUAGCAUCAUGUAGUAUGGCUAGAAAUCCUAAGUGUGUGGAACCCCCUGUUUUGUAUGGGGAAAAAAGUAAACAUUACAAACUAUGUAAAUUUAUAAAACCCUUAUCUGGGGCUUUACCUUUAUUCAAGGUCAGAAAGGAUGUCCUAACUUUUUAGUAAAAAAUGAACUCAAAAAAUGGAUCUGUUCCUCAAAACUCACCCUUGUGACCAACAGACCCUGUGCCCCCAAAAUCAUGGGAUGUCUUGGGCAUCUGGGCCCCAUUUGGGUGUAGGCGGGGAGCUCCACUCAGUCCUAGGUGUCAUGGCUACAACACCCAGUGGGUGCCUCAACACACAGGUGUUUCCAAAAGACAUUACAAAAAAGACUUGGUGUCUAUUUUCAAAACAAAGUUCUCAAAUUCAAAUAGCUCUUUUCUCCUAUCAAAUAUUUUUAUUUCUAAAUUUGAGGGAUUUUGUUUUCAUUUUUUUUUAAUUCCUGGUUCCAAGAGUGUAUUAUCAAUUGUCAUAUGCUAUAAUGGACCUGGUUUAUUAAUUUUUUAAACUUUUCUCUAAAACAUUAUCCACUUCUCAGGAAGUUAAGCACUAGGGGUUGACCCUUAGGCCCACAGCAGUGUGCUGUGGUGCAGACAAAAGCUCAAGCCCCCUGAGCAGAGGAGUCACCCGUCCCAUAGAGGGCAGCUGUGGCCCUCACUCAUGCCGCCCACAGCCCACCACUACUCUGGGCACAAAUCCUAAUCCCAUGGGAGAAUCAGAACUAGUCAUGUUCCUGGCAGAAUGAGAAUAAGAGUUACAUCAAAUCAUGCUGUUCAGUGUACAGAAUACUGUUAUGCCUUUUCUUGCACCAGCUGCUGUGGACCCCUUGGUGAGUAUCUGGCCUGGUGUCCAUGGAGCUGGGUGGUGAGCCCAUGGUGCCCUGUGUCUGGGGAGGCUUGCAGACUGUGCAGUUCUGCCCCAGGAGCAGGAGGUAGCACAGUACCUGCUGAUCCAUAUCGUGGUCACUGUUGGAAGUGGGCAUCAGAAGCCAAAAUGACCUUUGGGGUCCCCACACCCUGAUUAACUGCCUUCUUGGCCAUUACUUCCCAGCUCUGACUUGUCAGCAGCAUUCAAUACUUUUAUUUUGAACUCUUCACUCUUUAGGUAUUUAAAUAUCUUCAUAGUGUUUCUCCUUAAAACUAGCAAGAGUUUGACAAUUCUUUCCAAAAUUUUAUUAUCCGGGUAACAUUUUAGUACACCUGAAAUUUUUUUUCUGUGUAACUGUAUAACCUGAUGUACCUUCCAAAAAAAACAGUAAUGAGUGGAACACA